AAAAAAAAAAUGUGAGGAUGCAACCCUUAACACACUAUUAUUCAAUGCUUUAUAUUUCUCUGGUACGGAAAGGGAAACUGUGGUUUUAGAGCCCCUGCAUCUCGUUAAAGCUAUAGUUUGAUCGACACCUUUUUGAGCGACAGCUGCAAUGGACAAAGUCAUUUUCUUCUUCUGUAUGUUUUUUUAUUGGAUUAUGCAAAUCACAUUCAGUGAUGCAUCAGUACGAGGAUCUUCAUAUGUGUUCAGAGUUCAGAUUGGAAAAGACAUCACUCUGAACUGCAGCAUGAGAAACAGAUAUGAAGUGGCCUGGUAUCAUCUCAGAUCUGAAGAGCUCGUUCUACUGAUUUCUGCAGAGAAGGACAAAGCCGGGAAAAAACUUCUGAUCAACUACAAUCAGAACAAAACUCAUCUGAAAAUCACUGCGGACAGUUGGGUCACCGGAGUCAAUCUAACUAUUUCAGGAGUAUCAGAGUCAGAUUCUGGUCUUUAUUUCUGUGGAAUAAAAUAUGACGCUCCAGAGAUGCACUUCGACAAACCCAUCAGACUGGAGAUUGAGGGUCUUUUUGUAAAAGAAGAGACGAAAGCAGAAGAUGAAAUCACAGAUGAUGGAGUGACGGUGACGGAGCGUGUGUUGAUGUUCGGUGGUGUUGGACUGGCUGUGUUUGUGUUUUUUCUGGCUACAGUUUUUGCAGGAGGAAUCAUUUACCAGCGAGGACGGCAGAAAGGAUGGAAAGAAGCGAAACGUGCAUCUCGGAUGAGUUACAAAUCAGCUAAAUGACACAUUCAUGCUUUAUUUGGCAAUCUGAACCUUGCUCUGCAAAUCAGCAUUGCUGUAGGGAAACACAAAUAGACAACUGUGGCUCAGAUGCUUUUCCUUUGGUCUGAUCUUACUUUCACUUCAGAGAAGCUGAGAUGUUGUGGUAAAUGUCUUUUUCAGCACCAGUGAAUCUUAAACAGUCAUAGUGAUUAUUCAGGUUUGUGUGGUUCAGUCAAUAUUUAGUUAAAUAUCAAAGUUCUUCAGCUGUCUUUAAUGAACUGUUUAUUAAUUCAGUAUUAAUUAACAAUGUGAAUGCUUAGAGCUACUAAAGUUUUUUGAAAAAGAACAGCAAACAGAUUCUUCUUAAUGAAAACAUGCUUUAAUAUCAUUAGACCAGCUGGACUCAUGUCUGGCUAUAUCUUUAGACAUUAUAUAUUUAUCAACAAGAAUUAAUAUGUACAUAUACGAUGUUUGUAAGAAGAUAUAUAAAUGUAAAUCUCUUCUGUGCCACAUGAAGCUUGGUUUAAUAAAAAUGUCAUAGAUGUCUUCGGUGAUAAAUGUGUUGUUGAGAGAUCUGAUCAAAUAAACAGCAGUAAAACAGAAAUUGUUUAUUGCAUUUUCUGUAAGAAAACAUGAACAUUACCAAAGCUAAACCACUUCAUGUAUAAAUUCAGAGGUGUUAGAGCUGUCCUUACUCUUAAGAACAAAAAGUUUUCACAUCAUUGUCAUGCGAUGCAGAAUAAUGAUUUCCUGACUGACUGCAUUAUGUGAAACCACAAAGAGGUGAGGAUGAUAUCAAUAUGACUAAACUAAAAUGCAAAUGGACAAAUUAGCCUUAGCGUGUGUGUGUGUGUGUGUGUGUGUAUGUGUGCGCGUGUGCGUGCGUAUACACACAUUAAUGGAA